UGGAGCCUGGCGGCCCCGCCCGAGCCGGCCGCCUCCCGGCGCGGGCAAAGUAGUGGCACUCGGGGCGGGGAGGCUCGGCACGGCGCGGCUCGGCACAGCACGGCUCGGCGCGGCUCCCGCCCCGGCCCCCCAGCGCGGCACACAUGCCAAGGCCCGGCAGCGCCAGGUUGUCUUCUGCAUUUUGGGUCUGAAGGUACCCUCUUGCUUUCUCAGCAAAUCAUGGACAUCGUUGGCUUUCUGAAGUCUCAGUUCAUUUGCCACCUGCUGAUCUGCUACAUAUUUAUAGUGUCAGGACUGAUCAUUAACUUCAUUCAACUCUUUACACUUAUACUUUGGCCAAUCAACAAGCAACUGUUCAGGAGGAUCAACUGCAGGCUGGCUUACUGCAUUUCAAGCCAGAUGGUGAUGUUAUUGGAAUGGUGGUCAGGCACCGAUUGCACCCUCUACACUGAUCCAGAGAGUUACCACAAGUAUGGGAAGGAGAAUGCCAUUGUAAUUCUUAAUCACAACUUCGAAAUUGACUUUCUCUGUGGUUGGAACUUCUGUGAAAGAUUUGGAGUCCUUGGGAGUUCCAAAGUGCUGGCAAAGAAGGAGCUCUCCUACAUGCCUAUCAUUGGCUGGAUGUGGUAUUUCCUAGAGAUAGUCUUCUGCAAGCGUAAGUGGGAGGAAGAUCGGAAAACAGUCAUGCAGAAGUUGCUGAAUCUCCGGGACUACCCUGAAAACUUUUGGUUCCUGAUUCAUUGUGAGGGUACAAGGUUCACAGAACAGAAGCACCAGAUUAGCAUGCAGGUGGCUGAAGCCAAAGGCCUGCCCAAGCUCAAAUAUCACCUUCUGCCACGAACGAAAGGAUUUGCUGUCACCGUGCAGUGUUUGAGAAAUGUAGUUUCAGCAGUCUAUGAUUCUACCCUCAAUUUCAGAAAUAAUGAGAAUCCAACAUUGCUGGGUGUUCUAAAUGGAAAGAAGUAUCAUGCAGAUUUAUAUGUAAGGCGGAUUCCAUUAGAGGAGGUCCCAGAAGAUGAGCAGGAGUGUUCUAAUUGGCUCCACAAACUCUACCAAGAAAAGGAUGCAUUCCAGGAAGAGUACUACCGAACAGGAACCUACCCGGCAGUCCCUAUAGUACCACCCCGACGACCGUGGACGCUUUUGAACUGGCUUUUCUGGGCCUUAUUGCUGCUAUACCCUUUAUUCAAGCUGCUCAUCAACAUGAUCAACAGUGGAUCAUCACUGACACUGGCUAGUUUUGGAUUUGUCAUUGUAGUGGCUUCUGUUGGUGUCCGAUGGAUGAUAGGUGUUACGGAAAUUAACAAGGGCUCCACCUAUGGCAACAAUGACAACAAGCAGAAACGAAAGUAGUUGCUUCAGAGACUGCUUCAAUCCAAAGGGAACAAAUGCAACUUCUGAGAACUCUUAAGUGCAUAUCACGGUCCUUCAAGGGAGGUCAGAGGAAGGGUAGGAUGAGCAAUUGCCAUGCAUAUCUGAAUUUGUGCUCCUAUUAUUUUUCUCUUGGGGUUUGGGCUGGAUUACAUGCUUGAAAGAUGCACUCCUUUGUGUAUACUCUCAACAGGUUUGCAUUUGGUUGGUUUGCUUUCAUAUAAAGUGUCUUAAAUUUUGAAGAAAAAAAUAUGCAGUGUGCUGGUAUGGUGAGACUCUACCUGGAAACUAAUCAGCGGUUGCUGAGGUGCAGGCUUUAUCUUAACUUGAUCUAAGGAAUGGAUAAAUGUCAGAAGAUUGGUAUAAGACUAUUGAAAUUGAUAGUUGUCUAGCUCAAAUGUUAACAGUUUAAAAACAGUAAUCUCUCAGUGUUCAAAUAGAGUAAGAUGCUCUGCUUGGUGAUACCAAUAUUGCAACUCUACUGAACUGGCAGGAGUGCAGUAGAGUUUUUUGACAUCUAGAAUUUAUUCCCACAGUAAGCACCACAUUUGAAACUUCAGUCAGACUCUGGCAAGGGGCCCGUUUUGUUAGCCCAGAGCCUUGCAGUGGCAUAACCUGGCGUGGAAUUUGGCCAUGUGGCCUGAGCAGAGCUAAGUUACGCACUGCCACGUCUUUCCCCAGGCAAAAUGUUAGUGGGAUAGCUGAAACCUGCAAUUCUUUUGAGAAUAAAUGCCAUUUAUAGUUUGGAAAAAAUUAGGUAACAGAUUACUUUCAGCUUUAAACACAGAUUAAAAUUGUAAGCAUUCCUAACAGUGGCGGAAACAGAAAACAACCGGUAUGCUGUAACACAGUAAUGCAAAGCGUACAUUAAAAGUUACCACCUGACACCCAUACUGUUGUGAACCUAAUUAAUCUGCCUGUCUGUCUUUUCUGAAAAGUUACUUCACAUGGUGGUACCUCGUAACAUUGUCUGAGGUAAUACUUAAAUUAUCUUUUGCUUUUCUUUGGGGGAAAAGAGGCAAGCAGGAGAGAGACCUAGGACAGUGCUAUGGCUGGGAAUUUCUUAUGCCUGUCUGGACUUGCUUUGUCACCCUUCUGAAUUAAAACAGGAUCAAAUCCCUUGGGAAAACUGUGUUGCUCUCACAUCCCUAGUACUGAUUCCUGGGCAUCCCCCUUUUGUUUAUAGAUUUCAAGAAUUAAGAAUAUGUAAGUUACCGAAAAGUGGUGUUUAUUUGGUUUUAAUUUAAAAAAAAAAAAAAAAAAAAGAGGGGACUUCUCUCAGCAGUUUAAGG